AUGGGUUUAUUAACUAUACUGCGAAAGCAGAAGUGGAAAGAAAAAGAGGCUAGAGUCUUAUUGCUAGGUUUAGACAAUGCAGGCAAAACGACUAUCCUAAAGCGCCUUUUAAACGAAAACACAAUUACGGUGUCCCCUACGUUUGGUUUUCAAAUACGUACUAUAAAUGUAGAAGGGCUGCAUUUGACAAUCUGGGAUAUAGGAGGUCAGAAAACGCUACGAAGUUUUUGGAAAAAUUAUUUUGAGUCAACAGAGGCCAUUGUUUGGGUCGUAGAUAGCCUUGAUGAAUCAAGGUUACUAGAAUGCAAACAUCAAUUACAUGAACUUUUGUUAGAAGAAAAAUUACUAAAUAUAAGCCUGUUAAUUCUGGCUAAUAAAUCCGAUGCUGCUGGCUCUUUGGACGCCAAGACAAUUGAGCAACUAUUACAUUUAGAUGAACUGAAAUCCAGACACUACUGUAUUCUUUCAGUUUCUGCUAUAACUGGUGACGGUAUUCAGGAAGCUAUAAAUUGGUUAGCUUCUGAUUUAAGAGAAAGUAAAAUGGGCAUUCUAUCAAAUUGA